GCGCCGCCCGCUGUGCGCAGUAGCAGCUGUGGCUUGGUGCGUGUUGUCAGAUGGGCAGCAUGAGACUCCUCUCCGCGCGCAUCUCGCGAGCAUGGCAAUAUUCGGAGUAAAAGACACGUUGACGGCUCCCUCACAGAAAAGCAAUUCAUCCGUAUCUGCUGCUGUGGAACACUUCCAUUGUUAAUCAGAGGUGAUGACCCUGGACAAAAUAAGGCACAGAGAAAACGACGAGUGCAGUUACCCUUCAGCUUUUAUUGUUCCCAGAAAGACAAACCAUAAGUCAGUUUGUGUGUAAACAUGUGGAACAUCGUGACACUCUCUCUGAUAGUUGCACUUGCGUUGGGCACAGAGGUGUCCCGAUGUGAGGAUGUGGGGUUGGUACCACCUGUGGACGAGCAGCAGCAGAAUUCUAGCGACACAUCCGACGGACUUGGAAUAUCUAAAAUACAGGUCCUGGCUGCUCAGUUCGAGUGUUACCUGAGGAUCAUCCACGAUCCACCCUAUACAAAAGAAGGUAACUUCUGUGACCGGACAUGGGACGGCUGGUUGUGCUGGGAGGACACAACUCCAGGGACGGCCAUGCAGAUGUGUCCAGGAUAUUUUUUUGACUUUGACCCAGCUGAGAAAGUGACCAAAGUGUGUAAUCCUGAUGGCCAGUGGUUCCACCACCCGGAAAGCAACAGGGUGUGGUCUAACUACACCCAGUGUGAGGCCUACACCAAAGACAAGCGCAAGUUUACCAUCAGUCUCUACUACCUGGCCAUGGUUGGUCACGGCCUGUCCAUUGUCUCCCUGGUCAUCUGUCUGAUCAUCUUCUCAUACUUCAAGAGUCUCAGCUGCCAGAGAAUCUCCCUCCACAAGAACAUGUUUCUCUCCUUCAUCUUGAACUCCAUCGUUACUAUGGUGUGGCUCUCGCUUAACUUGGCCAAUAACCAAGCCAACUCCAGCGACUCUGUGAGCUGUAAGGUCCUGGCUGUCCUGACUCAGUACACGUCUACCUCCAACUACUUCUGGAUGCUGUGUGAGGGCAUCUACCUCCACACGCUCAUCAUCGUGGCCGUCUUUGUCGGGGAACAGAAGCUCUUUUGGUACUACAUCGUGGGAUGGGGUUUUCCCAUUGUUCCUGCCAUCACGUAUGCUGUGGCCCGCGGGCUCUUUUUUAACGACAAGUGCUGGAUCAGCGCUCACACACACCUGCUCUAUAUCAUUCAUGGGCCCAUUCAAGCUGCACUCCUUGUCAACUUUUUCUUUCUCCUGAACAUCGUCCGGGUUCUUAUCACCAAGUUGAAAGAGACCCACUGUGCCGAGUCCACAGCCUACAUGAAGGCAGUGAGAGCCACCCUCCUCCUCGUCCCUCUGCUGGGAGUCCAGUUCAUCAUCUUCCCCUGGAGGCCAGAGGGACGCAUCAGCCGAGCCGUCUACGAUUUCUUUGUAAACAUCUUCUCCCACUUCCAGGGACUCCUGGUGGCAAUUAUAUUCUGUUUCUGCAAUACUGAGGCUCAGACAGCGCUGAGGAGAAAGUGGGCUCAGUGGAUGUCCGCGUGGGGGGAAACACCCAUCGCCAACAACCACUUCAACUACCACCACAACUCCUCCAUUACCGAAAGCAGCCGAGCCACCAUCUGCUCGGAGGAGCCUGCCGCCGUGCCCCCUGACCCAAAAGAGAGCAACAACUUCCUGUGCCAGGUGCAGCGGAAGACCUGCAGCAACGGGGGGGUGGACAUGCUGAACAAGCUGGAGACCACCGACAUUUGACUGGAGGAAAACCCGCCAGAAGGGUGGUUGCGGUGACAAAACAGCACACACACACACACACACACACACAUACACACGCAUGCUUAUGUGUGCACUAAAAAGGACAGAAAAAGGAAAAAAAGGAGAGGCCAGGUGAAUUCUCUAAAUAAAAGUUAAAUGGUUGCUUGUGAACAUUAAAUAAUACUUUGAUGUCAUCCUUCAAUCCUAGAAUAGUAAUGGCUUUUACAUGCAACCUUUCCAUAUGUGAUCUGAAGCCUCUCAAUGCUUUACCUGAACACCACUGUGACCGAUGAAUGUCAUAGCACAGCGAUGUUAUUGUUAUCUUCUUUUACAUGCUUCUAUCUGGGAAAGAAAGUGUAUUCAUUGAUCUCUUUGAAAAAAAAUCCAGCUUGUGUGAACCAGUCAAAAAAAAAAGCUACAUUCAAGUAAGGAUUUGCUUCAGUCCUAGAAAAUGUACGGUGGCCCAGAAGCACCGAACCAAACCGUCCCAAACUAAACUACUGCGGACACUUACGUUUUCGGGCACCUUUACGCUGACAUUCGCGGUAAGCGCAUUUGAUAACAUGAGAUGACAUGCAGUUUUCAAAACUAGAUGUCAACAAAGCGUGUUUACCAAUUUUAUAAUGUCGAAAUAAGACUGAAUGAAUUAUGUUCACACAUACCACGUGAAUGUGUGAUUAAUGAACCCAAUUAACUACACAUAGACAGGAGGUCAAACAUUUUUUAUGUUCAAAAUAAAGGUCCUACAUUUAGGCUCAAAAAGCUAGUAUCUCAAUACAUCAGAUCCUGGAACACACAUUUUUUAGAAAUGUUGUCAAAUGGUAUCACAUAAACAACAGACGUAGCAACACUUUUGUUUGCAAAAGAAUGCGUAUAGAGAGCGUGUGCACAUUUGCUUUUCACAAAUAGACCCUCAAACUUUCUUACAAUUGGUGGGGAAAGAAAUGUUACUGAUUUAUACCCCACAAUCUUGGCUUUCUAUCAUGACAUUUAUUGUAAUGCGAUGGGAACUUUUAAUGUGAUCCAAAGCUUUUGUACACAGAUCCGAAAACAAAAAAAAUCAGAAAACAAAAAUGAGACAGUUGACAUUUAGAAGUCUAUUUUUUUUCGUCUCAUAAAGAAUUGUUAAGAAUGAAUAUUCUUCCUUCUCUCAAUUAGCCCACUCCCGUCUGCGUGGAAAGGAGACAAUUUGAAAUAUUUGUCAUGUAUUUUUAAAUAUUGCGGUGUUAUUGUUGUGGUUGUUAAAGAGGUUGGUUUCACUAUUUGUAAUGGAAUAAUAUUUGCAAAUACAAUUCACUGCCACUUCCCAUUUAAUUCAAUAGUUUUUUGUGUCGCUUCUGCAAUGUUUUGUAUGUACACGUGCAGGCUGACAGUAGCAGCGCCGUUUUCAGUUUCCACCGUUGUAUUGAGCCUAAUGUUUGAAAGUGGGUUUUGCAUCAAAUGUAUUUUGACUCAUCCACACAACACACUGGGAAUACAAAUGUCCCACUGCGCAGGCAGCAGGCUUCCCUGACACACGGGGAAUAAAGAAUGUAGGAUCCCUGCACAAGGACACCACCCUUUACACGUUUGUCAAUGCUUCCCAAAUCCAAAAAUCACUUAUAGUAGACAUUUGUAAAGAAAUUUGAAACACAUUCCAAUAAAACGUCAAAAGAAAAUUUCAAUUUUAGCAUAUUAUUGUGUAAUCAUAGAUGUUUAACACUGCCAUUUAUGUGUGGAAAUAAAGAAGUAUGGACAUAAACAUGUUUGUGUAAAAUCUA